AUGGCCCAAACUCGACGCAAACCUGUCCCCAAUAAGCACAUGCAACCACACCCCCCAGCCCCAGUCCAUCUCCGAGGAAAUCAACCCCGCCCAGCACCGCAGAUGCAAUAUCGACCACAGCAGCACAAUGGCUCCAGCCCACAGCUUGCCCACCUCAGAAACCAACAAAAUGUUCAAGGCCGGCAAAUCGCCCGCAACAGCGCUCAGAUACACCAGCAGUCUGCAGCAUUGCAUCACCAGGCUGCCGCGCAGCAUCGUCAGAGUAAUGCACAGCAGAAGCGAAUGGCCAAGCAAAAUGCCCAAAUGCAACAGCAGAUGGCAAAGAAUAAUGCUGCUAUGCAAAAACAGAUGGCCAAGCAGAAUGCAGCCAUGCAGCACCAGAAUGCCCGGAUGGGCCACGAGUUGCAGGCUAUGAAGCGCCAACAACAGCAGCAGCAGAAGCAGGGGAACAAGAAGAAGGUUUUGGCAGGUGCUGCAGCCGGAGCGGCUGUGGGUGCUGGUGGGGCCAUGUUGGUGGAGGAGAGAUGGUUUCAUGAGCAGGUUCCGAGGGAGGAGAGAGAGGAAAUCGAGGAGGAAGAAAGUGAGGAGGAAGAAAGUGAAGAGGAGCCGGAACAAUAUAGCAGUGAAUCUGAGCAGAGCAACGGUGGAGGAUAUUGGCCUGAAGAAAAUACUCAGGAUACUAGUGGAGGGGGCGGUGAUGAUGAUGAUGCUGUGAUUGCGAUUGCGACUGUGGCGAUUGUUGCAUGGGAGAUAGCAAGGACGACGACAGUGAUUGUUGCGGUUGUUGAGAAUGUUUCGAUGGUUUUGGUGUUUACGAUAUCCGGGUAA